UGCACUGAAUCGCUGCUGGGUGCAGAGGAACCGCCUGUUUUCGACCACCGAGGGUUCCUGCGAAUGAUGGGAUGGGUGAUUUGGACAUCCAGUUGUUCCCAGGAUAACGAUCCCCACCCUCUCCCCACCUUCCCCCCUCCACCAUAUUUGUGUGUUCCCACUGAGGAAUCUAGAUCAUCCGUUCCGCUCCGAGAAUGCCGUGGCGGGGUCUGUGGAGCUGUUAGCAAAACGUCGUCAUUCUUCCCAUCACAUUCUUCAGUCUUGGAUUCCUCAGACUCGACAGAAGGCCAAACUAUUACACAGAGAGCCUCCUGUACUUUGGAAUGUCCAGCUUCCACUUGGCACCUGAGCCACAACGUCUCUCGCAGGCUAUGGCCGUGAAUAUGGAAACUGUGCGGCCGACACCGACUCAUUCAAUCAUCCUCCCACGCAAGCGGCGAAAAGUGAGGCUAGCCUGUAACCCAUGCCGACAAACAAAAACUCGAUGUGAUGGGCAUCAACCAUCAUGUUCAACAUGUGCUAGCAAGGGUGUCAGCGAACACUGUGUAUAUGAGAAAGAGACAUUAAAAACACAGAGAUACGUCGCCAUUUUGGAGGAACGGGUGAAAGAACUGGAGACGGGAAAUCCAAGAGCAUCUGAUCGAGACGGUGACAGAUCACCGUACGAUUCGGAAGCAGGAGGUAUGUCUAUAUACGGAGCAAAGGACAUUUUGUGCUGUCGAGAUCAAAAUGAGAUUUGGGGAGCUCACGGUAUUUCUUGGGUAGUGCUCAACAGUGAAGGUCGAAGUUAUUUAGAUUACACCGGACCACGCUUGCAUCAGAGUCCUCGGACGAACGGCGCAUUGGACAGACAGAGGAGCGUUGCAGGGCCAUCUGAAGAUCCACUUAACAGACUUGACGCUUUGGUCAUGGUUCCUUCGCCAGAAGCAAGUCUGUGUGACGGUGGAGGUACUUCUGUUACAUCCUUUCUCCGAUCGAUUGCACACAUAGUCGGAAUGGAUGAAAUGGCCGAUCGGGCGCUCCCACGGACAGGUAAAAGCACUUCCACGCCGCAGGAUGAUUCUUCUGCGAACAAUGGCCCGGGUAUUUUCUUAAUGCCGACGCGCCGGAUAGCCGACGCCUUGAUGCUUCAUUUUUGGUCAUACGUACAUCCGAUCUUUCCGAUCUUACACAAGCCAACGUUUGUCUCGAUAUAUGAGUCACUUUGGAUCCCGGAUGCCGAUAUCUCACAUCGUGGUUCUUGCAUAGAUAGUCCAGUUACUCAAGCUAUCCUGAACAUAGCUUUUGCCCUCGGUUGUAAGAGAGGCGACCAGGAAGACCUUGCAGAACGUUUCUACCGGAAGUCGAGGCAAUAUUAUUCAGCAGACGCAGUCGACCUACCUUCGCUCGAAACUGUGCAACUAUUGCUACUCACCGGGAUCUACCUUCAAUCCACUAAAUAUGCGAGCAGGUGCUGGAGUGUCGUUGGCUUAGCUAUCAGAUAUGCCCAGUACCUCGGGCUUCACCUGGAGGAUCACGGGCAGAUACCUCGGUCCCAAUUGGAACAGGAGAUGAGGUGCAGGGUGUGGCAUAGUUGUGUUAUGAUUGACAGGCUUCUGUCGCUCUCGUUCAAUCAACCAAGCAUGACGUCAGGACAAGGCAAUGUUCGAUUGCCGUCAAUGACCGAUGACGAGAAUCUUGCUGCCAGCGACGGUCAAGGUCCGGUCGACCAAGCGCACACUACGUCUCAAAUGGCAUUUUUCGUAUAUUCGAUAAAGCUAUUCGAGAUUCUUAACAAGAGCCUCAUUUUGCUGUAUCAUACCUCUUCGACUGAGCGCCAGGCUGAGCCAGAUCCUCAUCGUUGGUGGUCCCGUGCACAUCUCGAACAUGUUUCAACAUUAAAUCGUACGCUUGAUGAUCUUUCCGUGGAACUUCCGGUUCAUCUUCGACCGACUUGCCACAUAGAUGCAACUGAUACUCUUCUGAGACGUACACUCUGGCAAGGCUAUAUUUUCCGCAGCAGGUUUUUAUAUGUAAGGAUACUUGUGCUUAGGCCAGUUCUCCUGUCAGCUGCAGCGGCUCGAACCAAGUUUAAGGAUCUUGAAGACCGGCCUGGGGUGGAAGAGACGCUUGAGGAGAGCUCUGCCGUCAAGACUUGUUCUUUGUGUGUUGCAACGGUCCAUUCCCUUGUCAAACAUAUGUUUGAGAGCCUUGGGAGAGUUUCCGAAGACGCAAGUUGGCGCGAGGUUCAUUAUACAUUUGUUUGCGCCAUGGUCCUUCUUGCCGCUCGCCUGUGUCCUUUCAAGAGCGAAGCUUUCAAUGAAAACAUUUUGAAUAGGUCUUGGCUCCAUUGCCUGACGAUUCUUGACCGCUUCAAACGGCAGAUAUAUUCAGUUAAGACAGGCAUGCAGAUGCUUCACAGCUUAGAAUCUCAUGUCUCCCAGAUAACAACAAUGAAAAGGGCAAGGGUGGUAACCACGCCGCCGCCGCAGGAAAAUUAUGUUAAUGCCGACCACCUAUCUCAGUCCCCUGGGUCAGCGAAUUUUCUUGACGACAUUAUUCCACCUACUGAACUCGACUUUGACUCACUGGAUGACUUCUGGCUACGAGGGCAAAUAGGUAACUUGGGGUGGCUUGGUUAGCCAAACGUUUACAUCCCGUUAAUAUUAAGGUCAUAGGGAUUGAAUGAGUGGAGACGAUUACAUUGCUUACAUUGUCUACGGUUGGGAUGUAGAUCCUUAUGGUAGUGGCCACCUUCAUCAGCGGUUGAAGCACCCACAGGUUAGAUGGCUCUGCGUGGAGAUGGUUUGUUCUCCAACGUAGGGGCUUACUUAUUAAUGCUGGUGAUGAUCAUAGCGAUCGUGUCUUUGUACCCCCUUAGAGUCUCUUUAAGGUCACUAAUAGUGCCACCAAGGAAUUCCAUCCUAACCCAAUCUUGGAAAUUGG